UUCCUGAGGAGGACUGCCGGUUGGUCGGUCGUUUCGCCUGUCGCUGGAGGAGAGGUCUCGGCCCUCCGGAAAGGCGGCUGGGGCGGCAAAAUGAAGAUAUUCGUGGGUAACGUCGACGGGGCGGACACGACGCCAGAGGAGCUGGCAGCGCUCUUCGCGCCCUAUGGCACAGUCAUGAGCUGCGCCGUCAUGAAACAGUUCGCCUUCGUGCACAUGCGCGAGAACGCAGGCGCGCUGCGCGCCAUCGAGGCCCUGCACGGCCACGAGCUGCGGCCGGGGCGCGCGCUCGUGGUGGAGAUGUCGCGCCCGAGGCCUCUUAACACUUGGAAGAUUUUCGUGGGCAAUGUGUCGGCUGCAUGCACGAGCCAGGAAUUGCGCAGCCUCUUCGAGCGCCGCGGACGCGUCAUCGAGUGUGACGUGGUAAAAGACUACGCGUUUGUUCACAUGGAGAAGGAAGCAGAUGCCAAAGCCGCCAUCGCGCAGCUCAACGGCAAAGAAGUGAAGGGCAAGCGCAUCAACGUGGAACUCUCAACCAAGGGUCAGAAGAAGGGGCCUGGCCUGGCUAUCCAGUCUGGGGACAAGACCAAGAAACCAGGGGCUGGGGAUACGGCAUUCCCUGGAACUGGUGGCUUUUCUGCCACCUUCGACUACCAGCAGGCUUUUGGCAACAGCACUGGUGGCUUUGAUGGGCAAGCCCGUCAGCCCACACCACCCUUCUUUGGUCGCGACCGCAGCCCCCUGCGCCGUUCACCUCCCCGAGCCUCCUAUGUGGCUCCUCUGACGGCCCAGCCAGCCACCUACCGGGCCCAGCCCUCAGUGUCUCUGGGAGCUGCCUACAGAGCCCAGCCUUCUGCCUCUUUGGGUGUUGGCUAUCGGACUCAGCCCAUGACAGCCCAGGCAGCCUCUUACCGCGCUCAGCCCUCUGUCUCCCUUGGGGCCCCUUACAGGGGCCAGCUGGCUAGCCCUAGUUCCCAGUCUGCCGCAGCUUCCUCACUCGGCCCAUAUGGUGGAGCCCAGCCCUCGGCCUCGGCCCUCUCCUCCUAUGGGGGUCAGGCAGCUGCGGCUUCUUCACUCAACUCCUAUGGGGCUCAGGGCUCCUCCCUUGCCUCCUAUGGUAACCAGCCAUCCUCUUAUGGCGCCCAGGCUGCCUCUUCAUAUGGGGUUCGUGCAGCUGCUUCCUCCUACAACACCCAGGGAGCAGCUUCCUCCCUAGGCUCCUAUGGAGCUCAGGCAGCCUCCUAUGGGGCCCAGUCUGCAGCCUCCUCUCUAGCUUAUGGAGCCCAGGCAGCUUCUUAUAAUGCCCAGCCCUCAGCCUCUUACAAUGCCCAGUCUGCCCCAUAUGCUGCACAACAGGCUGCUCCCUACUCUUCCCAGCCUGCUGCUUAUGUGGCACAACCAGCCACAGCUGCUGCCUAUGCCAGCCAGCCAGCCGCCUAUGCUGCACAAGCCACUACCCCAAUGGCUGGCUCCUAUGGGGCCCAGCCAGUUGUCCAGACCCAGCUGAAUAGUUAUGGGGCUCAAGCAUCAAUGGGCCUGUCAGGCUCCUAUGGGGCUCAGUCGGCUGCUGCGGCCACUGGCUCCUAUGGUGCCGCGGCUGCCUACGGGGCCCAGCCUUCUGCCACCCUGGCAGCUCCUUACCGCACUCAGUCAUCAGCCUCACUGGCUGCUUCCUAUGCUGCCCAGCAGCAUCCGCAGGCUGCUGCCUCCUACCGUGGCCAGCCGGGCAAUGCCUACGAUGGGGCAGGUCAGCCGUCUGCAGCCUACCUGUCCAUGUCCCAGGGGGCCGUUGCCAACGCCAACAGCACCCCACCGCCCUAUGAGCGUACCCGCCUCUCCCCACCCCGGGCCAGCUACGACGAUCCCUACAAAAAGGCUGUCGCCAUGUCGAAAAGGUAUGGUUCCGACCGGCGUUUAGCCGAGCUCUCUGAUUACCGCCGUUUAUCAGAGUCGCAGCUUUCGUUCCGCCGCUCGCCGACAAAGUCCUCGCUGGAUUACCGUCGCCUGCCCGAUGCCCAUUCCGAUUACGCACGCUAUUCGGGCUCCUAUAAUGAUUACCUGCGGGCAGCUCAGAUGCACUCUGGCUACCAGCGCCGCAUACUCCGUGCGGGUGAGAGACUCCGAGUCCUUACACUGUCUUUCUUUUGCUCUGUUAAACCUUACCUCACUCUCUUGAGCGUAGCUGGUGUCGUAGCGGGGUCGUGGCGUUCGCACCUGUCACUGAGAGCUGACCUCAGUCCUCGGCAUUGCGCGGCUCUUGUCAGGAUGGUGAAGCUGUUCAUCGGAAACCUGCCCCGGGAGGCCACGGAGCAGGAGAUCCGCUCACUCUUCGAGCAGUAUGGGAAGGUGCUGGAAUGUGACAUCAUUAAGAACUACGGCUUUGUACACAUUGAAGACAAAACUGCAGCUGAGGAUGCCAUACGCAACCUGCAUCAUUACAAGCUGCACGGAGUGAACAUCAACGUGGAAGCUAGCAAGAAUAAGAGUAAAACCUCAACAAAGUUGCAUGUAGGCAAUAUCAGUCCCACCUGUACCAACAAGGAGCUUCGGGCCAAGUUUGAGGAGUAUGGUCCAGUCAUUGAAUGUGACAUCGUGAAAGAUUAUGCCUUUGUACACAUGGAGCGGGCAGAGGAUGCAGUGGAGGCCAUCAGGGGCCUUGAUAACACAGAGUUUCAAGGCAAACGAAUGCACGUGCAGUUGUCCACCAGCCGGCUUAGGACUGCGCCCGGGAUGGGAGACCAGAGCGGCUGCUAUCGGUGCGGGAAAGAGGGGCACUGGUCCAAAGAGUGUCCAAUAGAUCGUUCGGGCCGCGUGGCAGACUUGACCGAGCAAUAUAAUGAGCAAUAUGGAGCAGUGCGUACACCUUACACCAUGAGCUAUGGGGAUUCAUUGUAUUACAACAACGCGUACGGAGCGCUCGAUGCCUACUACAAGCGCUGCCGUGCUGCCCGGUCCUAUGAGGCAGUGGCAGCUGCAGCUGCCUCCGCGUAUAAUUACGCAGAGCAGACCCUGUCCCAGCUGCCACAAGUCCAGAACACAGCCAUGGCCAGUCACCUCACCUCCACCUCUCUCGAUCCCUACGAUAGACACCUGUUGCCGACCUCAGGAGCUGCUGCUGCCACAGCUGCUGCUGCUGCAGCAGCCGCUGCUGCUGUUACUGCAGCUUCCACUUCAUAUUACGGGCGGGAUCGGAGCCCCCUGCGUCGUGCUACAGCCCCAGUCCCCACUGUUGGAGAGGGCUACGGUUACGGGCAUGAGAGUGAGUUGUCCCAAGCUUCAGCAGCCGCGCGGAAUUCCCUGUACGACAUGGCCCGGUAUGAGCGGGAGCAGUAUGCGGAUCGGGCGCGGUACUCAGCCUUUUAAAGCUUGAGGUGGGAUGUGUGUGGGCUGAAAUUCCAAGCUGCGGUUGUGCAUGAGAAUACACCCUUCGUGGUACCCCAUCUCCGGGACGUUCUCGGCUCUGUGCGUUCAGUCCCUCAGGAACCAUGGACCUUUAUUUACCUUGCUAAGUUCAGACCUUCUCUUCCUUUCCUCUCUCCUGCCCGUUUUCCUGUUCUUCCAGUCCUUCAAUAUUUCUGUAGCUUCCCAUUCAUGUUCUAUUCUCCCAGCAGGCCUCAUUGUGUGCAGAAACUGUGGUGGGAGCUGUGCUAUGUCCUCCCACCUCCUGCUUCCUGUGGCUGUUGGAUUUGGGAAUGACCUUGUUGAGAGUGUCACUGCUCCUGGGUCUCUUUUUGGCCCAAAGGCUAGACCUAUAGAGUUGGAUCACUUUUUUCUUUCCAGUAAAA